AUGCUCACUACGCUUUGCAAAGUUAAGUCUUCACAGCAGGUGGAAUGGUCACCUGCUCUUACUUCAGGUUUGGUUUCUGUGAAGGUGCUUUUUCACAUCCUCAGCGAUCAGGCAGCCCUGGAAGACGAGGUCCCGGGUUGGACUCAUCAUUCACUUGGAGCUAUUGAUAAAGGCACCAGGCUGGAGGGUGCACGUGCAGUUAUCCUGCUCGAGGAUCCAGUGCAGCGAGAGAUCCACCAGGACUGGGAGAACCGGGAAUAUACUGAACUCAUAACCUGCAGCAUCCAGAAAAUCGUGGACUUUCUCAACUCGUUUGAUAUGUCUAGCUGUUCAAGACUCGCAAUACUAAAUGAGAAACUGACAGCCCUUGAGCGGAGAAUAGAAUACAUUGAAGCCCAGGUGACAAAAGGUGAGACACUCACCUAGAACUGUGCCGUGCUGCUGACAAGUUGCUGUUCGG